AUGACAAUCGAAAGGCCAAAAAAUGAGAAUCCUUUUGUUGGCGAAGGCUUUAGAUAUUGGAAGAAUAAAAAAGCAUUACAUGAUCAUGCCGGUGGAAUUAAUAGUCCCCAUAACAAAGAUAGAAAGAGUUGUGAAGAUCUCUUAGAUCUAAAUCAACCCAUUACAACAAUUUUUCAUAAACACAAAGAUCAGACAAGGAAUCAGUACCAAAAGCGGUUAGAGGCAUCUAUUAACUAUGCUAGAUUUCAUUUACUACAAGGGCUUUCGUUUCAUGGACAUGAUGAAUCUGAGGAAUCUAAAAAUCGAGGAAAUUUUAUCGAACUUUUGAAAUGGUUAGGGGACAUCAAUGAGGAAAUGAAAGCGGUGAUAUUGUAUAAUGCUCUUGGGAAUGAGAAAAUGAUAGCGCCAGACAUUGAAAAGGAUAUAUCAAAUGCAUUUUCUUUUGAAAUUAUUUCCUCAAUCAUAAAAGAAAUUGGUGAUGGAUUAUUUUCCCUUCUCGUAGAUGAAUCAUGCGACAUAUCUUCGAAAGAGAAAAUGGCCAUCGUAUUGCGUUACGUAAAAGAUGGUUGUGUAAUUGAGCAUUUUGUGGGUAUCAAGCAUGUAUCAUAUACAACAGCUCUUUCACUAAAGUUGCAAUCGAUGAAUUUUUUCGAGACAUGGAUUAAGCAUUUCCAAGGUGCGAGGUCAAGGUUACGACGGGGAAAGCAAUAUGCAAGUGCAUACUCUGUUCAUUCUUUUGCUCAUCAAUUUCAGCUAGCAGUUGUGGCCGUGGCAAAGAAACAUACUUAUGUUGAAGACUUAUUUCUACUAGUCACUAAUAUAGUGACUGUUGUUGGAGGGUCAGCGAAACGUCCAGAUAUGAUUCGGGAAAAACAAGUCAUUUUAGUUUAUGAGGCAAUUGAUAGAGGUGAAAUCUCUACAGGCCAAGGUUUAAUUCAAGAAACCAACCUUAAACGAGCUGGUGAUACUCGUUGGAGUUCCCACCAGAAUACUCUAAUCAGUAUGACUAAUAUGUUUGUGGUUGUAGUUGACGUCCUGGAUACAUUGGCACAUGAUUCAGACAAAAAAUUUGAAGCAAGAGUUCUCCGAGAUUCAAUUCACACAUACAAUUUUGUUUUUAUCUUACACUUGAUGAAAAAUAUAAUGGGUAUCAUGGCAGAUUUGUCGCAAGCUCUGCACAGAAAAGAUCAAGAUAUUGUGAAUGAAUGCCAUGAAACUGGUUACCAUAUGCAAGCAACGAUUGCAGAAGAUGGAUGUGAAUCUUUAUUGCUACAAGUUUCUUUUUUUUUGCGAGAAACACGAAAUUGA